UGGAUCAGCUGAUAGCUCGUAUGUAGCCAGACCACCGCCUUUGAGCCUGAUGAAGGCACUACGACGCCUUGUCGCCCAGUUUCGCCACUCAUACCAUGACAUCCUGGUCAAAACACAAGCCACAGCAGCCGCAGCCGUCGCGCCAACCGAUGUCGUUACCAAAGACGUCAAGCCCUACGAGACCAUACCUGGGCCAAAAGGAAUAUGCAACUGGACCCGAUUUGGCGCGAUGCUGUAUUUCAAACCAUUCACAAAUUUCGAGCCUUCUACAAUCCACUUGUUGUUUGAUCACCUCCACGACAAGUACGGUCCCGUGGUCAAAGCUCGAAUGGGUAAAUGGACAGUUUAUAUAGAGGAUCCCGCAGAUAUAGAAACUGUCUUUAGAAACGAGGGACGCAUGCCCAUACGACCACUUCCGCAUCUGCAUGUGCACUACAGCAAAACCAGAGGGAUAAUACCAGGCUUGGCGUCAAUGCAAAAUGAAGAGUGGUACACCCUCAGAAAGGCUGUGAAUGCCAAGUUAAUGAAGCCAAACUCUGCGCUUCGUUACCUGGAUGCGCAGAACGAAGUCGCUGAUGAUCUUGUACGGAAACUGACUCAUCACAACUUUACUCCAGACGAGUUGCAAACUGUCUUCUCCAAGUAUGCGUCCGAAAGUAUUUGCGUUGUUGCAUUCAACAAGCGACAGGGCCUUUUGGAUUCAGACAUGGACAAACAAGUCGAUGAAUUCUUCAAUAACAUUGGACUUUUUUUCGACUUGUUUAUGAAAGGUUUCCAUGCACCUCCUUUGUAUUUUGGACUGUUCGAGACCCCCCUGUACAAGCAGUAUUCAAAGGUUGUGGAUUACAUCAGAGAACGGGUCGGUGUUUUACUUUGUGAGGCAAUUGAGGAUUUGAAACAGAAGGAGAAGAUGGGUCUGCUGAAUGAAGAAGAACCCAACUUCCUAUUGUCGCUGCUUGGCCAUGGGACAUUCGGCAUGGCGGAGAUUGAGAUGAUCGUCCUGGACCUGUUUAUAGCCGGAACAGAUUCAACCGCAAAGAACCUCCAGGUGUUUCUGUACAACAUUGCCCGGCACCCCGAGGAACAACAAAAACUCUUUGAAGAGAUACACUCUGUAAUGGGAGACUCAGGCCCUCUUACAGAAGACCAUUUGGGGAAGCUUGGCUACCUGAAGGCCUGUCUCAAGGAGUCCUUCAGGUUCGUGUAUCCUACCGCGUCUGGCACUGGUCGAUUCAUCCCGAAAGACUUGGUGUUGGGUGGCUACAAUGUCCCGGCCGGGACGCUGAUUGUGAUGAGUAACCAGCGGACAGUGAGAAACAAGAAAUAUUUUGAUCGUCCUGAUGAGUUUAUCCCUGAACGCUGGCUCCGAGAUGAACAUGGCAACAGACAACGCAUGAUCCCACCCAUGACUCUGCUGCCCUUUGGAUUCGGACCCAGAAACUGUCUGGGGAGGCGGUUUGCUGAGCAGGAGAUAUAUCUGGCGGCUGUAAAGUUGAUUCAGAAAUUCAAAAUUGAGUUGGAGCCCGAUCACGAGGACAUGGAAGUUGAAUACUUCACCUUUGUCUCCCCGACUCGGCCAGUCAGGUUCAAGUUCACCAGACGCUGAGAUGUCACGCUGCUUCUGAUUGGUGCUAGUAGUAAAGGGAUUGGCCAAUGAGGACCAGGGCUUUAGUUCAAUGCAUACAUGUACAUAUAUGUCAAUUUUAACACGAAAGUUGAGGAAAUACUUUUUAGCCUUAAUGUGCCAUAUUUUGUGUACAAAUAUGUACACCUUACAUAUGUUUUGUUUUGAUACUUUGCUUUCUUCGUGCAGGUAUAUUCGGUUAAGCACAUUUGUUGCCUUACGUUUUGCUCAUUAAACGUAUUUCCGUUAAUAAAUUAAUGCAAGAUGUGAAAAAGACAUUUCUAUCAUUGUGAAGGGAAACAUAACAAACAUACUGGUGUUUUGUAAAUGUGAACUAGUGCGGACAAGUAUAUCUGCAAACAUUCCAGACAAGAGGACCUACUAUACACAACACAGCUGUCUAUAUAUGUCCAAGUGUUAAUUAAUUAGUAUAUACUAGUAUUUUACAUACUUCCAUAUUUCGCAAAAUAUAAGUGUCAUUCAUCAUGUCUUUUUCCUGGAAUCUACGGUAUAUAUUCGUACCGUAGAUUAUACCGUGACUAUAUACCGUAGAUUCAAGGAUAAAGAAUAAGGUAAAAGUCAUAUAACCCUGAGUUUAAUAAUAUGUUGUGGUAUCAUUGUCGCAGAGGGGCGGUGGGGUAGCCUAGUGGUUAAAGCGUCCGCUCGUCACGCUGAAGACCCGGGUUCGAUUCCCCACAUGGGUACAAUGUGUGAAGUCCAUUUCUGGUGUCCCCCGCCGUGAUAUUGCUGGAAUAUUGCUAAAAACCAACUCACUCACUCAUUGUCGCAGAUGUCCCGUUCUUCAUUUUCCGUCACCCGGUGUUACUGUCAGAUUAGUGACCGCUCUAAAAGCGUUACGUCCUAACAUUUUAUGCCCGCUUCAUUUGAUUCACUGCUGUUACAAUUGAUUUCACACAAUAGAGGAGCCAACGGACACAUGCACAUGUUACAUGAAAUCAGAGUACCAGUCACAUUGUGCUGAAGAAACUACCAUUUUACGUCCGCUUCUUGUUUUUGUUUAUCAUAACGUUGUUUUCGCAAUACCGAGACUAUCAAGAGUGUACCGAAGAUUGUUAGUCAGAUAUAUUAUUCCUAGGUGUAUGUACUUUGACAUAUAUUUAUUUCACUCAGUAAUUAUUUUAGAAAGGGUGUUGUAUAUAACGUGACAACAUUUUUUGGAUUUUAUACUACUCAAAAUAGCAUAAGAAACCCGAUUAUUUCAUAAUACUGUUGUGAAUGUUUUGUUUGGGUAUUAUAUAUACUGAGGAAUAUUUUCUCAACCUUAUGGUUUGUUAUGGUGUUGACUUAUGAAGAAUCCGUAAAUGUUUGAGCUCUGUAAGAAUUUAGAUGUCGGAAUUCCUUCCUUUCUUGCUUCCUUCCUUCAUUCAUUAAUGAUAUUUGGAAAAUCAUCAAAACCUUCAGAAAUCGUUAUGAGAGUCAAGCUAUCAGAUGAUGUAUAUGACACCUAUUACACUGGUCAGUUUAACAGUUGUACAAAUGAUUGUAUAGAAUUUCAUGUGACCAUUUGUUUUAUUCUUUUGACCCAAGCAGUUUUCCUAAAACAUGUUAGACAAUCGCUUGACAUCUGAUAUUUUCCAAACUGAACCUUCUCAUGUCCAGUCAGUCAAUUCGUUUUAUGAUUUAAACAUUUUGUAUCAUCACUGAAAUUAAUAUAAACAUCUUUUCAUAACCAUCUAUAGCGGUUUCUCACAAAGGAUAUAACACGUAAAUUGUGCACUUGACAGUGAUGAUAUGAUAAUCAGUACUUAUGGGAAACGUUUUGAUACGACCUUAUUAAACAAGUGAAUGUAUUUUUCAUAUUUAUUGUUUUCUUGUUGGUUUAAAACGCUUUGUUUCUUUUUCUGAAAACCUGCAACUAGAAAACACAGUUAUGCAGCUAACACUACCCACAGCUUUCCUCCUUCCACUAGAAUAUUCCAACCCACCGACCACCCCUCAACACACACCCUACAUCCCACACUUGUAACCAUACACCCCACAGCCCGAAGACCACCAACCUAAACCCUACACCCCACAAGCCACACCCGACGCCCUACACUAUAUACUCUACACCCUAUUCCCAACACCCAAAAAUCAACACACUACUUCCAAAACCCCACAUCCCACAAUCUGCACACAUCACCAUACACCCCACCACAUCCACCAAACCACACGCAGCAACCCACAUCCAACCCACCCACAGCAUCUCAAACAUGCAACAAAUCCCAAGUCAAAUCUUACUUAUUUCUAUUUUCAGAUAUAUGUUCUGUUACCGAAGAAAGCCAUACGAUGUAGAUAAUAUUUCGUGCUAAUUUAAAGGAUUGUUGAUUGUGCUACAGGAUCGUAUUUAAAUAUGAACAAUUAUUGAUUGUUGCCUUAAAUGACAAUUUCCUUGAUGGAAAGCGAUGGUUUGUUGAAAUGUAUAUCAAUGUUACCUACGUGAUGAGUGGAAUGAGUGGAGUAUAUGAUUAGCUAUGAAGGGCUAACUCUGUUAGUUGUAUACAUAUUUGUAAAUUGUGUAAUAUAUUGGUUUCCUGACACUUUACCCCCUGAGGAGAGUUCUGUUGUUUCACAAACUAAACACUGGUAUAUCCGCAACAGUCGUUUCUAUAAUACUUCCGAACUUCUUUCGUUUUUCAUUUCGAGCCUUGAGGUAUGCACAUAAAUAUAAAUAUACUUCGUAUCUAUGGAGCUUCGGAUAUAACAAAGACGGAUGAAGCGAAAUUUCGUUUAUAUACAAAUCGGAUUCAGUAGUAUCACGUGCAACUGCUGGUGAAGGUCCUCAUCUGCAUGUUGGUCAUUGAUACCUUGUAAUUUCAUAAACUUAAAAUAGUGUUUGAGAUUACUCCCUUUAGUAUUCAAGACACAUGUGGUCGUGAGUCGAAUCCCGGUUAGUUACGAUUAUGUUUCCGGGUUUGUCAGCUCCGGUGUAAAACGUCUGAGACUUGCAUCGCUUCGUAAUAUAAGAGGCCAUGAUAUAACUAGAGUAAAACCAGCUGAUCGCUCACUCACUCACUUGUGCACAUGCUUCUUGUAUUCCGCCAUCUUUGUUCAGUAUAUAUAGUAUAAUACCCAUGACGCGGAUUUAUAUUUCUUUCAAUAAGGAAUCGUAUCGCUCAUCCAAUUAAUGUGUUAACCUAGGGGACAUUUUGCUUAUAAAGUAUAGAACAUUUGCAUAUAUUUACGUGUGCCGCAAUGCUUACCUUUACAAUACCAUACAAUUCCCAUUUUUUAUUUCCUAUUUAUUCACGGAAACCCGUCGAAAUGUAAUUACCUAUUCGUAACCUGAAUUACAUGAUGUAAGAGAUGUAAGUAAAUUAAAUAUACUGGAAAAAUAGGCAGUGACAUUGUUGGUGAAUAAACGUUACACUUGAAUGUA